UCCCUCCGUCACCGCGCCGACGAACGUUCACGAGCAACGCACGAACGGGCCGUGUGCGUUUUUUACGUCACCACGCAGGUCACCGCUAUAAAACGUCAUCACGCUGGCCGCGCACGUCACCGCGAGAGGGCCGUCGAUGCUGCCGUUCUCCUCCUCCCACCCGCGCCAUCAUCAUCAGCACCACCAGCGAGCACCGCGACGCGCCUAGGAGCAAACAGCAGGGGCACGGGUCAAAGCGGCGCGCGCCAGCUCGUUGGGUCGUCGUCUCGCGCCUCGCCUCGUCCGAUCUGCGGCGGGAGGGAGCGGCAAAGGCGCGGGCGAGCCACGACGGUUCGAGCCGAGUCCGAGUUGUUCCCCCCCCACCUCCCCCGCCGCUCCUCCCCGCCCCGCCCGCCCGACCUCCCGAUCAGCAUCAUCAUGGACCCGCGCAUCUCGUGGAUUCAGCCGGAGCAGCUGGGCCCCGCCAGCACUCUGUGGAUGCACGUGUGGGAGAGCACGCAGGGCGGCCCGGCCGCGGCCCCGCACUCCCCGGCCUCGCCUGGAGCCGCUCCAGCCCUGGCGGGGGCGAUGUCGGCGGCGGGUGGAGGCCUCGGGCUCGCGGGGGACGUGACCGCCGCGCCUCUCUCGCUGCCUCUCUCGCUGCCUCCCCUCUCCGCGCCUCCCGCUCCCUCUGCCACGCCGCCGCCGCCGCCGCCGCUGCUGCUGCCGCCUCCCGCUCGUAACGGCUUCGCCCCGGGCGGCGAGGCGGGACCGGGAGGCCCCGCGAUCGUGACCGCCGCCUUUGGUUCGGGGUCGUCGCAGGGCGGCGAGUGCCGUGGCGGUGGCGGUGGUGGCGGCGGCGGCGCCUGGGGAUGCGCAGCGGCGGCCGCUGCUGCCGGGGCCGCGCGGGAGAACCGGGCGAGCACGUACGGCAUGAACGCGCGCAUCCUGGCGGGCAGCGCCUACUGCGAGUGCACCCCGUGGAAGCGGAGGGCCUACAGCGACGGCGUGCGCGGCCUUCACGAGGAGGUGCUGGAUUUCUACGCGUACAUGUCCCCGGGCGAGGCGGAGGAGCGAAUGCGCCGCGAGGUCGUGCACAGGAUAGAGACUGUCGUCAAGGAGCUGUGGCCGACCGCAGAGGUCCAAGUGUAUGGAAGUGUCACUACAAAGCUGUACCUCCCUACAAGCGACAUCGACCUGGUGGUGUUUGGGAACCUGGGGCCCAACCCCAUUUACGCGCUGGAGGAGGCGCUGCGAAGGCACCGCGUGUCUCGGCCCGAGGCCAUGAAGGUGCUGGACAAGGCACGGGUGCCCAUCAUCAAGCUGACGGACGAGCGUACCGAGGUGAAGGUGGACAUCAGCUUCAACGUAGACACGGGUGUGAAGUCUGCCCGGCUCGUGAAGCAGUUCAUCGAGGAGUACCCGCUGCUGCCACAACUCGUGCUGGUGCUCAAGCAGUUCCUGCUGCAGCGCGACCUCAACGAGCCGUACACGGGCGGCGUGAGCUCCUACUUGCUCGUCAUGCUCGUCGUCAGCUUCCUGCAGCUGCACGCGGACAUCGAUGGGCGCAGCGGGGACGGAGACCUCGGCGUGCUGCUCAUCGAGUUCUUUGAGCUGUACGGACGCAACUUCAACUACCUGAAGGCGGGAAUCCGCAUCAAGGACGGCGGCAGCUACGUGGCAAAGGCCGAGGCGCAGAAGGAGCUGGUGGAGGGGUUCGGCCCUUCCUUCCUCUUCGUGGAGGACCCCGUGGUACCAGGUCAGGACCUCGGGCGGAGUUCGUACGGGGCGAUGCAGGCCCGGCAAGCCUUCGACUAUGCCUACACGGUGCUGAGCCGCGCCGUCUGCCCACAGGCCAAGCACUACCCCAACCGCGACCUGGACAGCACGCUGGGCCGGAUCGUGAAGGUGACGCGGGAGGUGACGGAGUACCGCGAGUGGAUCCAGCAGACGUGGGGACUCUCCCCCGUCACGCCCGACCUCGCCGCCUUCCCCUGCUCCCUGCAGCCUGCAGCGUCGGGCUUCAGGCCGCCAGUGCCCGGGCUCCUUGGGGGCGUGCGCCCCGAUCCACGUCUUGUUCUGCUCAAGUGCUCGUCGGUCGCCAUCACUCCGUCAUCGGCCGGCAACGGCGUCCCUCCCAUGCUCUCCGGGGCGGCACCCGGAGCGGCACCCGGAGCGGCGGUGCCGGGAAGCGGGGACUGGGAGGAGGGCGGCGGGCGGGGAGGCGGCGGAGGCGGCGGAGGCGGCGGAGGCGGAGGAGGAGGAGGCGGCGGCGGCGGCAGCGGCGGCGCCGUGUCUUCGUCGUCGGAUUCGCGCUCCAGCAGCCAGCAGGUGUCGACGAGCAGCGGGUCUGCCGCGUCAUCUUGCGAGUCGGCCUCCAGCGACACGGACUCUGACAACCCUGCAGCCCGGCUAACGGCGGUGGUGUCGGCAGCCUCGACUGUGAACCCAGCAAGCGUUGCCUCUCCCUUGCACGAUGUCGCACCCACGCCGGGUCAGCCACAGUCUUGGAAAGAAACCGGAGAAUACAGAGGACAUCCAUGCAGAACAGGGGGCGAAUAUACAAACGCCAGACAUAAUGGCGUCCGAGCCGGAAAUCGAACCACUGCGCCACCCUGCCACGCAGUAACCAAGGAAUUCAUGGUGGGAAUUUUGCCCUCGGGAGGAUUCCCGUGCGCGCCAUUUGCUGGGGCGAGGGCUGUCCCCGACUACUUGCUGCCAACACCGGCUCCCUACAGCGUGGCCUACGAGCCCAUCCGGAAUCCCCGCUAUCGCCAGGUGGAUGAUUACAGGUACACCGUGCCCAGAGAUGCCCACCCCCACUCGGGGCCCAGCGAUGGGCGUCCACCCGCGCCGGGGAGCAGCGGCCGGACGAGCCACAGCUACUACAGCAUGCGGCGCAGGCACCGCCGCGGGCAGCACAACAACCACCAACCGUAGCGGCCUCCACCAUCGUCGUCGCCACAGCCACCUACCCACAACAGCCCCGGCAGCUCGCGUCACUUCACUCCUCUCCCUGUCGAGGCAUCCACGAAAGGGUCAAGGCUCGUGAUUGAGUUAGACCUCCGUUGUCCUGCUUGGGGUAAGGUUCAGGUUCCGAUCAUUUGCCAGAAUCCACAGUGAUCCUGCUUGGGUGAAGAUUUGGGUUAAAUUCCUCCGUGACUGAGAUUCAGGCCCGACCACCUCUGGUCCUGCCAAGGUGCAGGUUGUAGAGUCUAGCCUGGGCCAAGAAUCCGAGGCGAGACCUCGGCCGAGGUUUUAAAACUGGCCACUCCGUGGCUUAUUAAGCGACAGCGUACGAGAGCAAGUGCACCAACCCUCGCGUGUGCCCACAGUUGUGUUGUGAAGACUCUGCAUUCAUGCCUUUCUUCCAGAUGUCCUGCCUACAUCAGCCCAGAAGCAAAAGAACAUUGUUGCUUGUGUGGCUCUUUGUUUUUUUUUUUCACAUGAGCUGAAUGACUUUCAUUUUUAUAUCCGCGCGGUUAUUUUAUUGCCAUGUGUCAGGACAUAGAGGUGGAAGGAGAAACGGCAACAACCGUAAAUAAACGAAGAAAUCUGUCGCGCUCAACUGCAAAGGAGGUUGCAGAGAAAUUGUGAAUUGCUAAAUUCCAGGUAGCCAAAAAAUGAAAUCUCAUUUUACCAUUUUUUUUAAACACACUUGUACAGCUAUUUUUUUGUGUUACAAGCAAAACAAAACGAAAAUAAAAUAUAUUAAGAGCCAGUGUUGUAAGGUAUUGUGAAGGGAAAUUAAAACUAGUUAUGUAUUUUUAAACAAGUGAAACUAAACCUAUACAUACAAACACAUUGCAUGUUUACUACAAGAAUAUUUUUGCUAAACAGUUGUAUAUAUUGAUGGAAUAAUGUUGAAAUAUCGACUGUAAAUGAUGAUUUUAAUACGGUUCGAAUUUCGAUAAUGUAGCUCGUGGAAGCUGUGCUUCCAUUAACCUCAUAAAUACAAAGUGCACUGACCUAGGCGCUUGAUUUCGGCACACCUAAGUGGCGUCGCUCCGUGUUAGGCGAUGGUGAAAGAGUUUCGCAUACGUAACAACAGCCAGAGCGGGCCAUGCGCGGUCUUAAGAUCCAGUCCCCCAACCCCCAGCACUCCAAACCUGAUUAAUUGUACUGUAGGAUUUACAGAAGGUUAAGUAAAUGGUGGCCUGAUUUGACUAACCGGGUGCGCAGGUGCAAAAUGUAGAUGGGCCAGUGUGUGUGUUUGUGUGUGUGUGCGCGCCCAAGAGCCCGCGUGUAAAGGUUGCUGCCCCCAUAACCCAUCUCAAACUUUCGCAUUGGUGGUUGCGAGCCCUGCGCAUCGCUUUGAUAACUGCACCAUUGCAAGUAAAACACAAGGUGGCUUGCUGGUUAGAGAUCAUGGGAUGACCGAUGCAACUGCAAUGCUGGCAAGCACUUUGUAGAGUGUCACUCUGCCCUCUUCGUUAUAUUUGCCCCAAAGUGUUUUUGGUGGCUGCCAAACGUAACCCGGGAGCAUAGCUGGCAGUAUUCGUGAUAUUUUAGGGUGAAAUGCCUCGGGUCUCGAAUGUUUUGGCCGUGCUCCACGUAAGAACGAGGCUAGGCCAAAUGUGGCUGUGAAUGUGACGGUUAUACUGUAACGCUAAUGUGUGCAACUUCAUAGGCGCUCUCAAGAUCACUGGUUCAUGUUUUAAUUCCCGCACUUUUGUUCCUUUUACCCGCCAUUAGCUCUUGCUUUUGAGCUGAUAAAACAUUAAGACAAAUGUGCUUUGAAAAUCAACAAUGUUUUGGACGUGUCAAAGUUGGCAGCCCAUUUCAGGGUGUAAAGUGUAUUAUAGUGAAAUAGACACGGGAAUGAAAGGGCGGUUGCUGGCACGAAGCAUUUUUUACAUUUUAACAUCCGCUCCUAACUUGUGCAGCAUUGAGCACAUUGGUUGUGCGUGCCACGUUGAUGCUUGACCGCUGUGCGAGGUGUCGCUUAGGGCUUGCGGCCGUGCGUUUUGAUGCUCUGUGCUUUCUGCGUUUUGAAUGAAUAUACACGAAUGCUCCUGCGACCCGGGAGCGUUUUGGUUCAACACGUUAACAACCACUCCAGUGUUGUCUGGGUGUUAUGCAAUCAUCCCCACUAAGAAAUAACAGGCGUGUAUAUUUGUGCAAUACCGUUACGUAAGAUGCAUUGUUGGUGACCAGCAUUUUAUACAUGUAAACACAACGGCCCUUUUAAACUGAAACGCGCAGGUUUGUUGGGGUUAAAACUAAAAAAAAGUGCCAGUUCCAUCAGGUAGCGUCCACCGUGUUUUAUUUCAGAUUCAGCUUCACGGUGGCGGCGGUGGUUUUGUAACGGCUCAUACGUUACCACGUUUGCGCAAACUACGUUGCUUUUUUUGGGUUGCAGUUUUUUUUUUACAGUGAACCAAGCCAACAGUCGCGCUAAAGUGCUCUCCAUCUGGCAGACCCUCCCACCCCUCCUCCCUAACCUGGUUUUCAUGACUUCCCCACGAGUCGUGAUUAGGCAGUGGGAAUUUAAUGUACCGGUGGAUGCCACGUUGCUUUUACCGCCACUUUUGAAAGGCAACACUUUGAUUGGAGCCCCCCGCCACGUGACCAUAUCUUGUUGCGCUCUACACUUCCUCCUGCUUCCGUGGUGUUGUGAAACUGUUCUCCGACCGGUUUGUCAUUUGAUGCCAUGCGGCAGCCGUCCGCUUAGCGUCGCAACUAAAAGAAAGUGCAAAAGUUAUCCGAAACAUUUGUGAUUGACUGGUUUUUACCAGGAUUCCAUUCAGCCACUUGUGCCACCUGCUAUCAUUUGCAGUUUAUACACACAGUGGACAUGAAGUUCCGUGGGUCCACCGAACAGAUAUGCCACAACCAAUGUGCUCGUGGCAGUACCGUACGGUGUUGGCUGUGGGUGUUUGUGUGCAAGCCAUUGCAGAGAUUUGUAGAGAACAUUCGCCGCUAUUGGAUAAUCUCCAUAGCUACAUGCAUUGCUUUUGGUUUCUUGGUUGGAAGCACAGAUGCAGUUAAUUCAAUCUUUGGAGGAAACCUCAGAUGGAAGUUUUUUUUUAAAAGGAUCCCCCUCCAUUAAGAUGGGUUCAUGCAACAUCUACGACGUUUCAGCGUUUUUUAUCCGACAGUGAAUUUGUCGUUAACUUUUCCUGCUUUAAACGUUCUUAAAGGAAGCACAUGCAGUUCUCUAUGCUGUACUCUUGCAUAUUUUGUUUUAAAGCGGUGAAACGCUUACAUAGGAUUGGCCGUGCGUCAUUAAGGUGGAUAUUCGUGUAAAGGAUCACCUUGCCGUGUUUUUGCUAAACUCUAUAUAAUAUGAAGUUGCGUGAUUAAUGCACUUGGUUUUGGUUUUGAUUUUUGUAAUGCGUCAUUUUACUAUGCAAUGUUUCCCUUGUGCAGCGCUGGUAAAGAUCAUCGCAGCCUGGGUGUACAAUGGAAAGCCGACGCGUGUUUAUUGUACGGCAGCUGAUAAUUUGUGCAGGAAUGACAGCAGGUAGGAUUUACCGCUAACGCGUGGCAAUGCAAAGACAUACGUUUUGUAGACCAAGAGCUAUUAUGCCUAUCAGACCUUAGAUAUCAAGCGAUAGGUUUUAAUGUGGCUUUUUCCAUUUUUAAUUUUGUACUAAGUGUUUAACAUUAAAAAAAGCCCAACAAAAGCAAUUGUAUACUAAGAAAGGAAAUAAAAAAUAUCAGUUCUAGGCACCCUAACGGGCAAUUUAAUAUAUAUAUAAACAUUUACGUCAAUUAGUAAAGUUAAUAAAAUAGAAAUGAAGUCACCGGUACUGUUUUUAUUCACGAGUUGUUUAACCGCUUAAUUCUGCGCAUUGUCAUGUUCUUGUGAACGUGACUCGAAAGCAAUGGUUUGCAAGUCGCCACUGUUUCGCGUCAAACACGCGUCACUGUGGUGGCAUUGCACGCCGUGGGCGGUGUGGUGAGUAUAUAAAUCCAGGGUUGUAAAAUAAGAGUGCCUGGGUUGCCUCGUGUGCUUGAAUUUGUAUCUGUGAUGUGGCCAGUCCAGUUCUGAAAAAACACCGGCGGAUGAAACAACUGUGUUUUCAUUGUUAUUGUGGUUAUUUAAAAAAAAAAAACAACAAAAAAUAGUUUUGCUUAACAUCCUUUAGGAAUUUUACAUUGUGCACAUUGUGUUUUUAUUAAUAUUAUUUGAAUUUGCACAUGGUUGAAGUUGCGAGUAUAGCACUAUGUACCGUCUACAUUACUAGCAUGGAGAAACCUGGGUUUGUACAACUGUUCUUAAAACGUACACGGCAACCUCAAAACGAGACUCGAGCCACACGCAACAAAGCUGUGCAAGGGCAGGCCUUGUACUCCACCCCAUCACAGGCGAUGUCAGGACCUAAGGAUUUGGGCAAGGCCUUUCCCAAAUAUCCCCCAUUUUAGGUGCCUCCCUGCAUGCUCGCCUGCCUCCUAAAACGUUUUUUUUUGCAUUCAAGGGCCCACACUUGGUGCAAGGAAUCUCUCAAAUUCCAUCAUGGGGUCACUACUUCCAAAAAAAAAUGUUUGUGGAUCACUGCCUCCCAAACGGUGGGACUGGUGAUGGCCUUAAUCUGGGACCUGUAGAUUCUAGAUGCAUUCCGACAUGUGCAGAGUGCCGCAAGGUCCUUCUGCGCACAAUCAUUGACAGUGCUGUUUCAGUAGGAUGAGAUGCAGUUUUGCAGGGUUUGAUUGGCAGAUGGUACUGGUUGAGAAGCCUUUUAAGGGCUCCUUUUGGCUGCCAGUAUUGGGUUUUUUUUUUAAUUCAGGGAAUUUGAACCGUUUGUGAGGGGGUGUGAUAUUACAGCAGAAUUCAAGUGUUUUUUUUGCUCCAAAUGAAUUUCAAUAUUUGGUGAUCGUUAUAUCAGGUUUUUUUUCUUGGAGAGGGAAAAUAAAAUCGACAAAUUUCCAAGUUAUAAAAACAAAAGACAAUUAAUGCUCGUGCAAAGCCUCGGAGCCAUAUUUGCCGCUAUGUAUCAGUCUUAUUUAUGCUUUACCGUAUGUACGUUGUGAUGGCCCACAUGGAAUGAUGCCACAUCAGAUUGCAGGGAUUUUAACAAGUCGCAUGCUUGGCAUUUGUUCAAAAGUAAGUUUCUCAGUCUGUUUUAGCAAGUGUGUAACUUGUCUACGGUGCAAUUAACCUGAUAAUGGAUCGAACGAGUUAUUUUGUUUUUCUUUUUGUAGAAUAUCAAAUGGUGGCCUGUAACAGCAACGAGUAAUACCUGGAGCAGUUCUCUAGUGAAUAUUUUUUUAUCACAAGAUGGCGGAUGAUACUGUGUGGGGUUUGCAGUUUGGUUCUUGGCAAAUGCUUCCAAUAAUUGAAAGCCACAAACAUUUAAUUCCCAUGAUUUCAGGGAACAGUUGUGACCAUUCUAGUUGGGUUUAAAUGGGGGGCCCUGCUUCCAUCACAUGACCUUGUAAAGAAUUUAACAAUAUUCUUUUUAAAAAGUUGCAAAGUAAUACAAUUAAUAUUUUUUUUUUAAAAAGCGUGAUUAAAAAUAAUAGUACAAUACAUGGACAUUUAUUAAUGCUCCUUUUUUUUACUUAAUGUGGAACGUGAAUUUGAACAGUCAGUGUUUUUAGUUGACUGCAGUGGGAGGAGCACAUCCAUUGUAACAAAGCAGUGUUGUUUUUUUUUAAUUCUUCCAUUGCAAUGUUUUAAAAAUCCUACUUCACGUAACAUUCCAGUUUUUAACAGUUUUUUUUAGGAGGGACUUUAUGCACUUAAGCUGUUCAUGCACAUCCACUCAUGGUGCUGUGGACACCAAAACUGAAAACAGAACAAAUUAUUGAAAUGGACAGCAGUUUUGGGUUUGUGGGAGAGCUCCAACUGUCGGCAGGGUUGUUCGAUAAGGGGUAGUAGGGGUAGUUAAUUUGGCGUGUGUACUCCAUCCCCAAACUGCUUGCCCCCCUCCUCCCUAUUUCAGUUCAUGGCUGCUUUUGAUUUUCUGAUAUUUGGAGCGCCUGAAAAUGAGGGCAUCCCAAAUCUGCAUCACGUGCCACCGCACGGACAAACCAAAAGUUGUCUUUUUAUUCCGGUUCCGUGCACAGGGACACGUGUGACAAUGUGUAUCGUUAUUAAUGUUCAAUUGCCAAUAAAAAAAUCUGUUUCAGUUUGAAUUUACCACA